AAAUAUAUAAAUAACCAUAAUUCAUAGGGGAAAGUUCAAAGUCUUCUUCUUCCUUGCCCUUCCACUCUUUUCCUUUAUGUGGUUCUCUCUUAAAACCCCAAAUCCCUCUUAUCAACUUAUGCUUUGAUCUGUGUCUUAUUUAACUGAAGCUGCUUUGAGAUGGAGGACGGCAAGAUGUCUGAGGAUAUUUUGACUUCAGCUGCGGCAUUUGUUGAAGGUGGAAUUCAGGAUGCCUGCGAUGAUGCUUGCAGCAUAUGCCUUGAAGCAUUUUGUGACAGUGAUCCUUCUACGGUGACUGGUUGCAAGCAUGAGUUCCAUCUUCAAUGUAUUCUUGAGUGGUGUCAGCGAAGCUCCCAGUGCCCCAUGUGUUGGCAGGCUCUCAGCUUGAAAGACCCUAACAGCCAGGAAUUGUUGGAUGCAGUAGAGCACGAGAGAAACAUCAGGAUGAAUCCUCCUAGAAACACCACAAUCUUUCACCAUCCAACUCUAGGAGAUUUCGAAUUACAGCAUUUACCUGUAAGUGCAACUGAUUCUGAACUUGAAGAGCGUAUCAUUCAGCACUUAGCUGCUGCCGCUGCCAUGGGAAGGACACGCCACCUUGCCAGAAGGGAAGGUCAGCGAGGUAGGUCAUCAGGUCAAGGUCGUCCCCAUUUUCUGGUGUUUUCAACUCAUCCAAAUGCUCCUCCUCCUGCUGCUGCUGCUGCUGCUGCUUCAUCUUCUACUCAAAGGGGUGGGGGUGGACCCACUCCUGCAGCCUUGGUUUCUGGUCAGGAUUCUCCAAUUGUUGCUGUUGGAGAAGGUUCUGGACAACUAGUCUCUCAACCAUCUUCUUUUCAAGCUGAUCAGGUUUCUGCCUCUGGGUCAGGAUCAAAUGCUGCUGUUAACCAACUUGGGACUUCGUCAAACAAUAGGUGUGUUUAUUUGUCAAGCUUGGUUGAGAGUUUUGAUGGUUCCUCUUUUCUUUUGUUCUAUGUGAGUUACAUAAUUAUAGUCAUGGGAAUGGAUCCUCCAAAACUAGGGCACAACAAAAAGGCCUUCUCGUGGAUUCUUCUUAAUUCCCGAUCACCNAUAAAGUCUCGACUUAGUGCAAUGUCAAUGAGAUACAAAGAAUCUUUAACAAAGAGUUCAAGGGGUUGGAAGGAGAAGUUUUUCUCUCGCAACAGUUCGACGUCAGACCAUGGUCUGGAAUCUAGGAAUGAAACCAGUGCAGCUGUUGCCACUGUAUCACACCUGAUGGAGCAUCUGGAAACCACAGACAGCAGAGCCAGUUCUGCUGAAUCAAAUAUAUUGGAGGAGACUUUACCUAUUGGACGUGCUGAGCAGCAUAUACCUGAGAUUGAUGAUACCCAUUCUUUAAAUGAGGAU